GUGUCUUCUGUUGCAGGCACAACAGCUGGGAGCCCGAGGAGAACAUCCUUGAUCCAAGACUCCUCCUUGCUUUCCAAAAGAAAGAACAUGAAAAAGAAGUGCAGAAUCGGAAAAGGGGGAAGCGGCCCAGGGGCAGGCCCAGGAAACACGUGGAACCAGAGAUGCCUGCAAAAGCUAAGUCCAGUAGCUCCUCUUCUUCCACAUCCUCCUCUUCUUCUUCCUCUGAUGAAGAGGAUGAAAGUGACCUGGAAGCAAAGAGAGGUCCCCGCAGCAGAGAGACUCACCCAGUACCCCAGAAGAAAGCUCAGAUCCUGGUGGCGAAGCCUGAAAUGAAAGAUGCUUCCAGGAAGAAGCGUGGGCGGAAACCUCUUCCCCCAGAUCAGAAAGCAGCUCGAAGGACUGUGAACCUGACAAAGGUGCUGAAAACGUCCCGGAAGGAGGUGGGUGGCAGCAGCAAACUGCUCGGGAAGAUGCAGCCUCAGCACAGCACGCAGGGCUCGGGCAUGGCUGUGCUGAAGGACCCACCAGGUGCCUUGGCUGGGCUCAGCUCGGGGGGUUCCUCUGCAGAAAACCUGCCCAACAUGAUGAAGAGCGGCUCGACAAGCCCCAGCCGGGCCAUCAGCUGGCAGAGCUCCAUUGUGCACUACAUGAACAGGAUGUCCCAAAGCCAGAACUCUGCAGAGACCUCUCCCCUGGGCAGGCUGGCGCUGAAGUCCCAGGCAUCCAGCAAGAGUGGCUUAGGGCUGGACUUGAAAAUGAGAAAUCAGAAAGGAUCUGGGGAGCUUGGGCUGAGCAUGCCAGGCCCCAAGGCUGCCAAGGCCCCUGGCAGCGGUGCUGGAGGGGACCAGAAGUCGGGGUUUGCUGCAGGAGGCCAAAUGCUGCACAACGGCAGCAAGAUGCCCGCAAGCUCAUCCGGGGCCAGCACCCAGCUGGCGUCCAGUCAGGAGCUGAACCUCCAAGCCCUGAACCUGCAGAGUGUCAAAAACGGGCCAAGUGCAGCCGGGGGGGGCAGCCUGCCCCAAAGCACAGAAGAGACCAGCUCGGAUUCAGACCGGGAUUCAGCUUCCUUCCCAGGUGUGGGUCAGAACAUGUCUGUCUCUAUCCAGACCAGCCAGGACUGGAAACCCACCCGCAGCCUGAUCGAGCAUGUCUUUGUUACCGAUGUCACCGCUAACCUGAUCACUGUGACAGUCAAGGAGUCCCCCACCAGCGUUGGGUUUUUCAAUCUACGGCAAUACUGA